GCCUCCCUGCAGCCUGCCCCCGGCCGCCACCGGCUCCGAGGCCAUGCUGCGGGCGUGUCACCGAGCGGGGGUCGCUGUGGCCGCGCAGAAUAGCCGGUGUGGGAGAGCGUCACUCCGUCCAUUACGACUGUACCGUGGAUAUGCUACCCCCUCGGGAGAGUCUGGUGUUUCUGUAGGCAAAAUCAUUGGUGCAGGUGUCCUGUUUGUGGGUGGAGGAGUAGGUGGAACCGUCCUGUAUGCCAGCUAUGAUACGCAAUUCCGGGAGAGCGUAGAGAAGGCCGUUCCCUACUCUGAUAAACUCUUUGAGAUGGCACUUGGUCCUGCACCUUAUAGCGCACCGAUGCCAAAGAAACCGAUACAGCAAGGUCCACUGAAGAUCUCAUCUGUAGCAGAAGUAAUGAAAGAGUCUAAACAGCCCACAACCAAAUCCCAGAUGAGCAAACCAGAAGCUGUUGCUCCUUCAGAGGAAAAAGAAGCAGGCAAGGCUGCAGCACAGAUCAUCUCCGCAACCGGUGUCGCCAUGUCAGUGCCAGCUCCGGGGAUACAGACUGAAGAAGGUGAAAAAAAAUCAUGUGAACAUGAUGAAGAAAACCAAAAUCCUUCUGAGAGUAAAGAACAUGAAGGUUCCCAUGCUAUAAAAGAACGGUCACCAGAAGAAGUUGCAGCCCGGCUUGCCCAGCAAGACAAAGAGGAGCAAGAGAAGAUAGCGGCCCUUGCAGCAACUCUAGAAGGAGCCCUAAGCGCAACUGCUCGUAUAACCCUUCAGGCGAUUACUGCCCAGGAGUCUGCUGUGCAAGCAGUGAAUGCCCAUUCGCAAAUACUGAAGGAGGCCAUGGACAAUUCUGAGGCUGCUGGGGAGAAAAAAUCAUCUCAGUGGCGCACUGUGGAGGAAGCGCUGAAGGAUCGGAGGAGAGCAGUGGACGAAGCCGCCGAUGCCCUUCUGAAAGCCAAAGAAGAGUUAGAGAAGAUGAAAGGCGUAAUCGAGAAUGCCAAGCAGUCUCAGAUCGCAGGAGCCAAAUCUCACAUUAUCGCUGCAGAAGAAAAUCUUCAUCAUAUGAUAGAUGACUUGGACAAUGUCGUGAAAAAGGUUCAGGCAGCACAAUCUGAGGCCAAGAUAGUAGCUCAAUAUCACGAGCUUGUGGCUACAGCUAGAGAAGAGUUUCAGCGAGAGCUUGACAGUAUCACCCCCGAUGUACAGCCCGGCUGGAAGGGGCUAAAGAUAACUGACUUAGCUGGCCAGUUAUCGACAGACGACUUAAAUUCUCUCAUUGCACACGCCCAUCGUCGCAUCGAUCAGUUAAACAAGGAGCUGGCGGAGCAGCGAGUGAGGGAACAACAGCACAUCGAGUCGGCCCUGGAGAAGCAGAAACUUGAAGAUAAAAAAGCGUUUGAGGCAGCUGUGGCCAAAGCGCUGGAGCAUCACAAAAGUGAGAUUGAAAUAGAACAGGAGAAGAAGGUUGAAGAAGUCCGAGAGGUGAUGGAGAGCGAAAUGAGGACCCAGCUCCGGCGGCAGGCUGCUGCCCACACAGACCAUCUGAGAGAUGUUCUUAAGAUCCAGGAGCAGGAACUAAAGGUGGAAUUUGAGCAGAACUUAUCGGAGAAACUCAGUGAACAAGAAAUGCAGUUCAGACGCCUUACUCAGGAACAGCUUGACAACUUCACGUUGGAUAUAAACACUGCCUACGCCAGGCUGAAAGGAAUUGAGCAAGCAGUUGAGAGUCACGCAGUAGCAGAAGAGGAAGCCAGAAAGGCCCAUCAGCUGUGGCUUUCUGUUGAAGCACUCAAAUAUUGCAUGAAAACAGCCUCUGGGGAUAGCCCCACAGAACCACUGGAAAGCGCGGUGAAGGCCAUCAAAGCCAGUUGCGCUGACAACGCGUUUACAGAAGCCUUAACAGCAGCUCUCCCUCAGGAGUCCCUGACGCGGGGAGUAUACAGCGAAGAGGCCCUCAGAGCACGUUUCUACACAGUCCAAAAACUGGCAAAAAGAGUGGCUAUGAUCGAUGAAACGAGAAACAGCUUGUAUCAAUACUUCCUGUCUUACCUGCAGUCGCUGCUUGUGUUUCACCCUCAGCAGCGGAAGCCACCUGCUGAGCUCAGCCCUGACGACCUCGACACGUUUAAAUUACUGUCUUACGCUUCGUAUUGCAUUGAACACGGAGAUCUGGAGCUGGCGGCUAAAUUUGUCAACCAGUUAAGAGGAGAGUCUAGGCGAGUGGCACACGACUGGCUGACCGAAGCUCGAAUGACCCUAGAAACAAAACAAAUUGUGGAUAUCUUGACAGCAUAUGCCAGUGCAGUGGGGUUAGGAACAACUCAAGUGCAGUGAGCUAGGAUUGUAGUUUUGGAGGCAGUUCAGCAAUCGUUUGUGCCGGAAAGAAAUCCCAUGAUCUCCUAAGGGUUGCAAACCAAGCUGCUGGCAGGGGCUGGAAGCGUUAAAUCAAAGCACGGGUACUGUCUUGUUUCCUUGCACUGUAUUUAACUUCACCACCUGUUGUAUUUGUAUUGGGUUUGAGUUACCAUGACAACCAACUUCAGGACGCUUCUCUACAAUUUGUGUAACAAUUUUGUUUCCCCAUCUUACCAAGCGGGCUUGUGAUCCAACCAAAAUAAUGUUUGUAACCUACCAUUAAUGAUUUGCCACUUUGUCAGCUGAAUAAAACAAGACUUC